UCUUCCAGUUGUGCAACAGACACAACCUGUCCUUGAGCAAAAAUGGAAGCGAUCAAGAAAAAGAUGCAGAUGCUGAAGUUAGACAAGGAGAAUGCAAUUGAUAGAGCAGAGCAGGCUGAAGCGGAUAAGAAGGCAGCUGAGGACAAAUGCAAACAGGUAGAGGAUGAGCUGGUAGCCCUGCAGAAGAAGUUGAAAGGAACCGAAGAUGAACUGGAUAAGUACUCGGAGGCUCUCAAAGAUGCGCAAGAAAAACUAGAGCAGGCUGAAAAGAAGGCAACUGAUGCUGAAGGUGAGGUGGCAGCUCUGAACAGACGUAUCCAACUGGUGGAAGAGGAGUUGGAUCGUGCCCAGGAACGGCUGGCUACAGCCUUGCAGAAACUGGAGGAGGCUGAAAAAGCAGCCGAUGAGAGCGAGAGAGGAAUGAAGGUUAUUGAGAACAGAGCAAUGAAAGAUGAAGAAAAAAUGGAGAUUCAGGAGAUGCAACUGAAGGAGGCUAAGCAUAUCGCUGAAGAAGCUGACCGCAAAUAUGAAGAGGUUGCCCGUAAACUGGUUAUUUUGGAGGGUGAACUGGAAAGAGCUGAAGAGCGUGCAGAGGUGUCAGAAGUUAAAUGUAGUGACCUUGAAGAGGAAUUAAAGAAUGUCACUAACAACCUGAAGUCCCUGGAAGCCCAAUCUGAAAAGUACUCGGAAAAAGAAGAUAAAUACGAAGAAGAAAUCAAGCUUCUGUCUGACAAGCUUAAAGAAGCUGAAACACGUGCUGAAUUUGCGGAGAGAACAGUUGCAAAACUGGAAAAGUCUAUUGAUGACCUGGAAGAAAAACUUGCUCAGGCAAAAGAAGAGAAUUUGGGGUUGCAUCAGACACUGGAUCAGACGCUAAAUGAACUAAACUGUAUAUGAAAUUGAGAAGAACGCUCAGGGGCCAGCAGAAACUUAAACAUGUAUCUGUAUUUACCGUUUCAUCCCUCUCUCUUUCUGUAUCCUGGAAAAAAAAAUUAAGUUAUGAACAGUACCCAGAUAGUUAAGGUUAGCGCUUUGGGCCUGACUCGGCCACAGCCUCGCGGAGCCGCAGCAGCAGGAGCCACGUCCCACUCGCGCUGCCGGCCCGGCACCAGCAGCUGCUGGCGCCCCUCGGCUGGGUAUUUAUUAACGGGCAGGACGCCGGAGAGCGGCCGGUGCUCGUCCCCCAAGGGUUGACCUGGCCUUUUCUAUAUAAAUCACCGUACGUUGUAUCCAAGAACUGUUACCCGCCAACGCGACUGUUACUGACAUUUUCACAUUAAACGGCUUCACCCCGA